AUGGAUGCGGAGAGUUCAGGGGGAACCAAAAAGCGAGGUGCGCCGGAAGGAGGAGAAGGCCUCAGCCUCGAUGCGAUUCGUGAGGUCAUCAAGGGGGAGAUCUCCCAGUCCGUCAACAGGCGAAUGGACACAGUGGAAGAAAAAGUGGGGAAGCAACUGGAACGUACUCUGGAGAAGCUGGCAGCCAUGACCGACACGCAAGCAGAACAAGGCCGGGCCAUCGCCGCAGUCCAGGCGGAGCAGAAGGACACAGGGGGAAGGCUGGCACAGCUCGAGCAAAAGGUUCACCAGCUACAGCUCCAUGGAGGCAGUUCCACAGCGGACACCGAAGGGGGAAUGAAGCAACCCGCCCUCAUACUGGGGGGAUGGCCGGAUGAUUCUCCGGCCUCAGAAACAUUGGAGAAGGCCAAAGAUAUGAUGAAGCAGCUGCGGGUAGAUCUUGACAUGGAGGCAGCCUUCUGCCCUGGCAUCCGCAGGGGAUACGUCAUCAUCCCGUACAAGGCCAGACCCAAUGAAACGGGGGGGGAGCUACGCGACAGACUGCAGCAAGCCCUGCGCCGCGUCAGAACGGCCAACAUUGCCAUGGCCCGCAAAGACGACGGGAGCAACAAGUACCUUUGGAUGCAGAUGUCCCAGUCUCCAGAGCGUCGCCGCCGAGCACACCUAGCAGGCAAGGUGAAACGCCUCAUCCUCUCAGCUGCAGGGGGACCAGUCCAUGGCCUUGAAGUCGAGUGGCCUACGGGCACCGUUUGGUGGAACGCAACGAGGGUGUGCACGGCCACCACAACACUGGGACCUCAUGCCGAGCAAGCGGGGGCUGGAUGGGUCGACCUUCACGCCAUUGCCGCCGGCCUGGGAGAAGAACCCACGGGGAGCACAGAAGGCAGCGACCGGGAAGAUCCGUCGCCAGAGCCACAGAGCACUUUCGUACCCCUCAAGGGGGUGGACUGUUUUCACCUGGCAACCUGGAACGUGGGCGGCCUUACUGCCGAUGGCACGCUUGACCUGCUGCGCACGUUCGGGGGAGCGAAACACCUUUGCAUGUUGCACGUGAUCAUGUUGCAGGAGAUCAUCACCAAUGCUGGUAAGUGUUUUAAAGAGAAGUGGGGAUGGAAGAUGGUUUAUGGGAAGCAAGAAGGAGAGUUCAGAGGAGAGGCCAUCGCGUUCAGAACAGACGUGGCGUCGCACACUCAGUCGACAGUCACCUCAGGAGCAGUGAGUACAGUCUUGCGUCUGCACACAAGUGAGAAGUGGGGACUGUUGAGUGGACAUAUCCCACACCACGCCACCAUCCCGGAAGUGGACACCAUGCUACAUCACUGGGGAGACCAGCCCGCCCUAAGAACCCCCAAAGCAGCAAUCGGGACGGACGCCAACGAGCAGUUUGCAGAAAGCCGAAUCACGCCGACCACCACACAAGCACACACAGGCAGAGGGGAGACCGUGCUCAACUGGAGCACACACCAUGGUUUCCGACUACCGCCACAAGCUAUGAACCAGCCCAGCUAUUACCCCUACAACACACGCCACGACCCCAGCCGACUGGACUACAUCAUGAUACGAAAAGGCUACUGCUUACAAGCAGGGCCCAUCCCAGCCAGAGACAUGGCCAGCUCGGACCACGAGCCAAUCCUAGCCCAACUCCGUGCCAAAGUGAAGAAACUAGCCAAGACUGUCCGCCAAGGGGGAGUGCGCCACCUACACCCGCCACCGGGGACCAGCAUCCCAGACUACCUGGACGAGCAAGCGGCCACAGCACCGGCAGACCGCCACCACCAGAUUGCCACGGUGUGCCAAGCGAUCACCAAGCCCGGAAGGGGGGACACCCGACCCUUCUGCGAAAGCAGCACGCUGCGCACACUCAGGCGCCAGGCACAACAAACACCACCGGGGGCGGAACGCAGAGCAGCAUGGAAGGCAGUACAGCAACAACUCAAAGGGGAGAGAAAGCUGUACCUCCAACAGCUAGUGAAACUCGCUAGCACCAAAGACUGGCCGGCAUACCGAGCGCAACAACGACACACCAGCAAAGGGGACUGGAUAGCCCUGUUGCUAGAUGCGCAUGACUGGCAAUCUGCGCUCCUGGACCAUUUCUCCGCCAUCUUUGCCAAAGCCGACGGGGACGCGAAAGCAACAGCAUUCAAGCGAAUGCACCACCAACUCACCACAGCCUGCAAGCACACAGCCUGGCGACCCUUCACCCGACAAGAGCUCCUUAUCGUGAGCAGCAGAUGGGGGAAACACAAAAGCACAGGGGUUGACAACAUAGCCCACGAAGCCUUGCAACUGCUCAUUUUGCACCCCAUUUGGGGGGAAAGAGUCCUGGCAAUGCUCAAUGAGGCGCUCUACGUUGGCAAACUACCUGCCCUAGUCGAACGCGGGCUCACCAUUCUCCUUCCCAAAGGGGGGUGCCCAACGGGGUGGAGCGACACCAGACCGAUCACGCUCAGCAGUGCUGUACUUAAAACCAUCGCCCAGCUACUCCUCCUCAGGGGGACGCCGUGCCUGCAGCACCUCAACACCUACCAAUGGGCGGCACCACGCAGACAAGGAGUCGAACUGAUCCUCGUGCUCAGGAAAAUCGCCAGGAUGGGGGCGGACUGGGGCGGCGAUUUUUGGAUCAUCAAACUGGACCUACAAAAGGCGUUCGACUCUGUAGCCCAGGACAGUCUAGCCGAACUUGUGGCUACCGAAGUGGGGGGAACCAUGCCAUGGGAGGCGCGGUUGUGGCUUUCACUCCUUGACGCCCGCCGCAUCCAUGUCGCGAUAGGGGGGAGAGAAGUGGAGGUGGACCAAACCAACGGCGUUCGCCAAGGAAGCCCGGACUCCCCGGUGUUGUUCUCGGCCCGAGUGGGGGAACUGUUGGAGCGCACGCUAUCCACCACCCAGACCGAACCCAGGGGGGGAACCUUGCCUUUCCUUCCCCCCCCUCCCCACCAUGGCGGCUCCUUCAUGGACGACACAUACCUAUGGGGGGAAAAUCCAGCCCACUUGCAACUUACCCUCAACCACCUCGAGCGUCUCUUGCUACAGCAUGGACUGAGGAUCAACCCCAAGAAGACACACAUCAUCAGCAACAACCCCAAAAGCACAAUCACAUUCACCGUGGGGGGAGAAACAGUCACACCGGAUUCAGGGGACACCCCACUCAGAGUGCUGGGCUCACCGGUCAGCUUCAGAGGCAGCACACCGCAACUGGCAGCGGAAAUGGGCAGCCGAGCAAGAGCAGCUUUCGCCCAGAACCGGAAAGUCCUAACGGCGCCCACGCCACCCACACCAAGGCUGCAGCUACACGAGACCUUGGUCAGACAAACAGCACUCUACGGCUGUGAAACGUGGCAGCCACACGACACCCUACUCCGAGCAGCCAACACCCAACAACUCAGCCAGCUCCGCAACAUGACAGGUGGGGGACGGCGUCCAGGCGAACAGUGGCACGAAUGGAACACAAGAACCCUCAGACAGACCAGGGGGCUGCUCCACCGAACCAAGGGGGAAAGGUGGUCCACAUACAUUUUGCGCAUGAUCUGGCGCCUGUGGGGACAUGCAGUCAGAGGCGGGGGAGUGACACGAGACAUGCUUCUGUGGCGGGGGCUGGCCUUUUGGAGGACCGAGCAACGCAAACACCCCACACAGGGAGCAAGACACGCAGCAAGGUUCUGCAGCCAGAUGGACACAGAGAGGCAGAUCGCAGCAAUCGCAGGGGAACAAUGGCCGCAAGUAGCGCUAGACAGACAGCGGUGGCACCAACUCGAGCAAGCCUUCGUCGAACGCUACGACCCCCCCUGGGCCAGCGGCAAGCAACCACAGCUCACCAACCUGGCACCGGGGAGAACCGCACGCAACAACACACGUCACAGAGCACUGCCAGCAACACGCCGACACCACAAUACAGCCAUCCAAGUUGACACGCAGCGACCGCGAAUGACCCUACCACAACCGUGA